UAAUCAAUCUAUCACCGUUUUUUUUUAACCUUUGGUCUUGGAGACACACUCAUUUAAUCAAUACAUUCUCCAAACAGAGAUGGCCUAUGAGGGUCUGAGGUUGCCAGAGUACGAGAUGGGACGAACGCACCUUGGAUAUUACGAGAUAUGAUCAGAGACGGAAGAGGACGCGAAACAUCCCACUCCCUCAUUUUUUCUGCUUCAUAUACAGUAGACUAGACCACAGUUUACAUCGCAUAGCCACCCCUGAAAUAGACCGGAACCAUUUUUUUCAAGGUUAAACGGCCAGAGUACAUCUUCAUUUAUCCACCAUAUUUGGUAUGAUGACUCUUUUGAUAUUCUGAGGGGCGACGACCGUCGACCGCCAUCUUAGUUCGGGGCAAUAUCAUGCCGAAAAGUUGUUCUGCAUAUAACUGUACCAAUAGGUACUGCAAAAAUACAGAGAUUACUUUUCACAGAUUUCCUUUCAGCAAACCAACUGUAUUUGGACAAUGGUUGGAUAACAUAUGCCGAGAUGACUUUUAUCCAAAGAAACACAUGGUCAUCUGCUCACUUCAUUUUACUACGGAUUGUUUCAGCGGUUUAGGCAACCGCAGAAACCUGCUGUGGAAUGCUCUACCCACCCUCUUUACAUUUCCACCACCAAAUUCUAAGAAAAGAAAGUCAGGAAAAAGGCUCAAAAUGCUUCCAAAGUGUGUCAGUGUGUCCCUAGAAAAAAUGGAAACACAGAAUGACCUGGACCCAGAAGAGAGACGACUACCCAAAUCUGCAGAGAGCAAAAAGAAACAUGUUGCCAUCUUCGAUCACAGUUACUCGCUGUCCGACCCAUGUGCAGCGAAGGCCCGACUAUUCAAAGCCUUGGAUGCCAACAAAUGGCUCAACAGAAGGUUACAAAUGAAGAGACAGCUGAUCAACAAGAUGAGGUUUAAAUUGAAGGCAGCACGCGCCGAGUUGUCGAGUCUACGCAGCAGGCGGAAUCUGGCCAGGGCUGCUGGUAAAGGAUCUAUAUGGCCCAGUGUACAGAGCAGAGCUGUGAAUGAUAUCAGCUGACACAUUGAUUGACAUUGGUUUUAUUGGAAAGCUAUUUUGUAUUGGAACACAAGGAGUUAAAUGAAUUUGCUGAUCCUCUUCUGAAAACAUAGUUUUUUUCAAAUUUCAUCUUGGUCAAUGAGUGUAAAAUUUUCAUUUUGGAAAGCGUUGCAGCCCGAUCCAUCUUGCUGCCAUGUGCAAAACCAUUCUUUGGAUAAUAUAGUACACUUUUCCAAGA